AUGGCAGAAAAAGUCAAUCCCAUCACCAGCGUCACCAGCGCAGGAAACAGGCUCGACGCCGCAGACCACGAGCUUGAUCUCAAUGCCAUCACCUCCAACCCGCUUUCUCUAGGCGAUGUCGCCGGUGGUCUUACGCUGGACCAGAAAUUCUAUAUUUUGAGGCGCCUUGAGUUUGGUCACCUCACCACGUUCGACGACUUGCCCCCAACGGCGGCUUUCAUGAUCGAGAAAAUCCAGACCUUGGACAUUGCCGAGGCCGAGGAGAUCUUGAAGCAGUUCUUGGAGGACCACGACACAGACCUCAACAUCCCCAACGAGGAAAUCGACUUUGUCGAGCUUCUUGUGGAAAAAUCGCCCCGCAACGCUGCUCGGGGCCACGUCAAGACCAUGGGCUUUUCAGAGUUGGAAAAAGAGCACAGCGACAAGGAACACACUGCUGUCAAUGAGCUGGUCUCGCUUUCGUCGCUCGAGUCCAUGGACUUCAAAACGGUCUUUGACUGGGAAUUGCAGGCGAAAACAGAGGCCGGUCUUAUUGCCUACUGGUCGCCUUACCCUGAGGUUCGUUCCGUUACAGAUCCAUACGACGAUGCCUCCACUCCGUGUGAAACAUGGAGAGUCUAUUUCUUGGGCAUGAUCUGGGUCGCCAUUGGCUCUGUCAUUAACGAGUACUUCUACAACAGAAUGCCCAGUAUCAGUUUACGGUCCCUGGUUGUGCAGCUUUUCCUCUAUCCAUGCGGCAAGUUCCUUGAGGCCGUGGAGCAGUUGCUUGCCACGCUUUGCUACAGUGUGAGUGGUGCUGCUGUAUAUGCCAGUUCUUUCAUUACACUUCAAAAGUUAGACAUCUUUUAUGGUCAGAAGUUUGUCGACUUUGGCUACCAGAUCCUCUUGGUGCUCGCCUCCAACUUCAUGGGUUUCGGUCUCGCCGGUAUCUUUAGAAAAUUCGUCAUCUACCCAGUCCAUUCCAUCUGGCCUACCAUCUUGCCCACACUUGCCCUUAACAAGGCCUUGAUUCAACCCGAAAAAAAGGAGAAAAUCCACGGCUGGACCAUUUCCAGAUACAGCUUUUUCUUCGCCGUCUUUGCAUUUUCCUUCUUGUGGUUCUGGGUGCCAGACUACCUCUUCACGGCGCUUUCUUCAUUCAACUGGAUCACCUGGAUUGCCCCUAACAACCUCAACUUGGCCACCAUCACCGGAAUGUCGUCGGGCUUGGGCCUCAACCCCAUCUCGACUUUCGACUGGAACAUCAUGAGCAUGAACUCGCCUUUGGCUAUUCCCUUCUUUGCUCAGUUGAACAACUUCUGUGGAAUGAUCAUUGGUUUCUUUGUCAUUAUUGGCUUGUGGUGGACCAAUUACAAAUGGACUGCCUACUUGCCCAUCAACUCCAACCAGAUUUUCACCAACAAGGGUGAGAUCUAUCAAGUGCAAAGUGUGUUGCUGGAAAAGGGUACACUUGACCAGGCUAAGUAUGAGGAAGUCGGUCCUCCAUUCUAUUCUGCUGCCAAUCUUGUUGUGUACGGUGCCUUUUUUGCAGUGUACCCAUUGAACGUGGUGUACGUUCUCCUCACUGACUACAAGAGACUCUGGUUCGCCAUUAAAUCCAUGAUCAAGUCGAUGAACUUCAAGAAGAAGACCUCCGCCUACGACGGUUUCAACGAUCCGUUCUCGAGAUCCAUGACGAAAUACAAGGAGGUGCCCGAAUGGUGCUUCUUGAUCAUCUUGCUCAUCAGUGUGGUGUUUGCCAUUGUAUGUGUCAAGGCCUACCCAUUGAACACCCCGGUGUGGACCAUUUUCUUCGCUUUGGGUAUGAACUUUGUUUUCUUGUUGCCCUUCUGCGUGGUCUACUCCACCACGGGUACAGCCGUUUCCAUUAAUGUGUUGCUUGAGUUGAUCAUUGGUUACGCUCUUCCAGGUAACGGUACCGCCUUGAACUUCGUCAAGACCUUGGGUACCAACAUUGAUUCACAGGCUGAAAACUAUAUCACCAACCAGAAACAGGCGCACUACUUGAGAAUCCCACCAAGAGCCUUGUUCCGCGUCCAGAUGAUCUCCAGUAUCAUCUACAGUUUCGUCUCUGUGGGUGUUCUUAACCUUGCCAUCGACACCAUUGAGGACUACUGUACCAGUGGCCAGCGUCAAAAAUUCUCCUGUCCUAACACCACUACUUUCUACUCUGCAUCUGUCUUGUGGGGUGUCAUUGGACCCAAGAAGGUUUUCGGCCAUCUUUACCCUGUUUUGCAAUGGUGUUUCUUGAUUGGCUUCUUGCUCGCUUUCCCAUGCUGGGCGCUCAGAAAGUGGGGCAGAAAGACCGUCAUUGGCAAGUACGUGCACCCGGUUGUCAUUGUUUUCGGUUUCCUUCAGUAUGCUCCUUACAACUUGAGCUACUACGCUCCAGGCAUGAUCCUCUCGUUCGUCUUCAUGUACUUGAUCAGAAAGAGGAAGACCGCCUGGUGGGAGAAGUACAACUAUAUUCUCUCUGGAGGCAUGGAUGCUGGUGUUGCCUUUAGCAGUAUCAUCAUUUUCUUUGCCGUCCAGUACCAUGCUAAAAAUAUCGAAUGGUGGGGCAAUACGGUAAACGACAAUGGUAUUGAUGCCAUGCGCCCAUCCAGACUUAAUGUUACGACUGACGCUCCCGAUGGGUACUUCGGGCCCAGAAUCGGUCAUUUCCCAUGA